AUGCGCUUGGAGGAACAUAAAGAAUAUAAGAGCAUCCUGUGUCCAGAGUCGGCCUCGCGCCCCAGAGCUGCAGCGUGGGUCUCUCUGUCCUUGUCUGCCCUGGGCCCGGGUCACUGCCGGGCCCUGUGCCCCCAGCAUGUGGCCCGCCUCCCCGGAUACCUUGGACCCGGGUGUGUCCUCACUGCUGGUGGCAGUGGAGCCAGGGCACCUCCCUGUUGUUCAUCCACAGGUGCUUCAUCAGAGCUUGGGCAUCUUUCCAGGACGGUCCCAUGGAGGCGGUGCAGCUGGAGGCCGGCCCGUGGAGGGAGCUGCAGGAGCCGCAGAGGCCGGGACUCCACGUGGCAGGCAUGGGGCCCCCAGCCGGGCACCCUCGUGGGCCACGGAAGAACGCAGCGUCUGUCAGGCACAGAGGAGACGCUUAAGGGAGAACCAGGGUUUUUCAACGUCAUCGAUUAUCAAACUCUGGAUCCCGAAGAGCAUCCGGGGCCGCGCGCGGCCGCCCCUGGCUCGGAGCGCGCCCCGCCCCGCCCCUGGCUCGGAGGGCCCGCCCCGCCCCGCCCCGCCCCGCCCCGCCCCGCCCCACCCCUGGCUCGGAGGGCCCGCUCCUAUCCCAGCCCCCGGCCUCGAGCCCUGCCCCCUAGCCGGGUCUGCGGACUGAGGCGGCGUCGUGCGCACGCGCGGGCCGCGCUGCGGGAGCCUGGGGCGCCGGAACGCUGGUGCGCCGGAACGCUGGUGCGCCGGAACGCUGGUGCGCCGGAACGCUGGGCUGAAGAAGAUGCAGAGCAGCCUCAAGCUGGUGGACUGUAUCAUCGAGGCCGAAACCCUCUGUUUCAGGAAACCCUCGGGCUUAAGCCCCACUUGCUCGUCCUCAACAAGAUGGACCUGGCGGAUCUGAAGGAGCGGCAGAAAAUUAUACAACACUUGGAAGGAGAAGGCCUAAAAAACGUCAUUUUUACCAACUGUGUGAAGGAUGAAAAUAUCAAGCAGGUCAUCCCGAUGGUCACGGAGCUGGUUGGGAGCAGCUACCGCUAUCACCGAGGGGAGAACCCAGAGUACUGCAUCAUGGUGAUCGGGGUCCCCAACGUGGGCAAGUCCUCGCUCAUCAACUCCCUGCGAAGGCAGCACCUCAGGAAAGGUACUCCCCCGGGCAGGCGCUGGUUCUCAUGCUGGGAUGACACCUCAGAGCCCGAGACCCCCGCUCGCUGGGGGCUCUCUUUCCACCAGGAGGACCCGCUGACAGCCUGGCAUGCGGUGAGCUGGGCGUGUAGGAUGCGUGGGGUGAGACAUCAGGCCAGGAUCUGGGGAGGAGGCGCUCCAAACCUGUGUGCUCGUCCCAUGUCUGUUAACCUUUGACACCAAGUCUGCACGAGCGUGUCCUGCGGGAACCACCGCAAAGACUGACCUGUGUUAGACCGUCGUCUCGGGCUGUUCCUGCUGCCAGCUGGAGAGCUGUUAUAGUCAGCUGUUGUUUUAUUUUUCUUUAAUUGUGGCGUUAAAAAACAUCAUUAGCAUUAAAUAUAUUAAAUGCUGUGAACCAUCACACCAUCUACUUCCAGACUUUCCCAUCAUCUCAAACGGAAACUCUAGACGUAAAUGGUAACUGCUGUCCGAGCCCCUGGGAACCUCUGGUCUAGUUUCCAUUGUGUGGGUUUGACUGCUCUGGUGCCGCGUAACUGCAGUCACAGGAUUUGACCCACGUCGGGGUCACUUCCCAGAGCUGGACUCUGCGGGGUCCGUCCAGGUUGUAGCACGAGGCACGGCUUCCUUCCUUUCUAAGGCCGGGCAGCAUUCUGUGGUGUGGACGGGCUACGUGUUGUUUAGCCACCCAUGUGCUGACGGGCGCACGUGUACCUGUGCCCUCGUGUUGAUUCAGCAGAGGGUGGAGAGUCUGCUUGGGACACGCUCUCCGCUGGGACCCAGCGCAGCCAGUGUAGAGAGCCCAGGCGCCCUCUUGGUCAGGAGUGACCCACGGAGAGGCUGUUGUGGGCGGUGCGGGGGGCGGAUGCGCGGGACCCAGUCUCGCCGGGAGGAAGGUGAUGCCCACGGGCAGCUCUGGCCCCGCUGUCACGGCCAGCCCUCAGCAGGUCUGGGGUUGCUUCCCGGGCCCUGGGAGACCCUUCUCUGCUGGUGGGAGGAGUCCCUGCAGCAGGCUCGUUGGACUCUGCUAGGUUUCCACGUGUGUCCGUGGCGUACCUGCCUCUGUGUUAGACACUGACAUCCCCCUUUUAU